AUGACAUACCGGUUUAUACGAAAACCCUCAAGCUUUCGCGAAUCUGUCAUGAAACCUCCAGAAGCCUACUUUACUGGAUCACUGUGGCUCUCGAUAGCAACAAUCAUCAUGGGCAUGCAGGCUUUUGGCGUUCCUCAUACCGGUCCCUGGCUCAUUAAUGUUGUCCGAGCGCUCUUUUGGAUUUACGGCGCCGUCACUUUGACCUACAAUAUCGUCAUCUUUGUCGUCAUGUUUUCCAUCGCACCCUUCGCUCCUGGUAGCAUGAGCUCUCCGAUGUUCUUGAUGAUCUACAACACCAUGCUCACUGGUACUGUCGCUUCGGUAAUAGCAGCUGACCAGCCUCCCCACCAGCGAGUGCCCAUUAUUGUUGCAGGAAUCGCAUUUGAAGGCCUUGGGUGGAUAUUGUGUCUUGUCUUCCUUCCCCACUUUGUUGGAAGCAUGCUUGUCAAUGGUCUCGGUCCCGUCAACCUCAGACCAGGGUUGUUCAUAUCUGUUGGUUCAGCAGGAUAUACCAUCAUUGCGCUCAUCGGAUGUGCCAAGGCCAUUCCAGACGGAUAUGGAUACUUUGCGAAGCACCCGACUGCCUUCGAGACACUAAACAUCAUGGCAUUGUGGAUCGGCGUAUUCCUUUGGCUAUUCACAUUUUGGCUUUUCGCAAUAGCAUUAGUUGCGCACGUUCCCAUCUUGAUCUCCAAAAUCAGCAGGGAUAAAUCCCGAUCGCAGAUGAGUUUUGCCCUGCCUUGGUGGGCAAUUGUCUUUCCGAACGUGGGCUUCACGAUUGCAACGGUGUACAUUGGUGAAGAGUUUGAAUCAGACGUCGAUAUUCCAGAAGCGUAUUAUGUAGGGAUCUGGGCCCAGAAGUGCAUAAUACAGACACAAGUCAUUCAGAUGCCGGGUCUGCUCUAG